AGUUUUUCGCUGUUUUGCUGGCAUCGCUUGCAGAACACCUCUGCAGAAACGCGAGCAGGUCCACACGUUAACUUUUUAAUCCCGUGUGUGCGUGUGCGUGUGCGUGUCUGUGGCUGCAAAACAUGGGCCCAAAUCGCCAAAGAAAGCCGCAGAGUGGCGGCCGAGGCGGCCGAGGACGUGGCCGGGGGGCCGCCCCUGCACCGGCGCCGGCCAAAGCGACGCCGUCCAUGAUCACCAACGCCGGUCGCGAUUUAAUUGUGGAUGUUCUGCACCACGCUGCGAGUGGUGGCAGCGUGCCGGUGCCAGAGAAGCACUUUGACGCCAAAAUCGGCUCCCGCAUCACUUUUCAGCGCAACUCGCCGCUGACGCCGUCGGAGAUCCUCCAGCGUCUCUACGAAGGCCUUGGAUUUCCACGCGACCUCGUGACGCAGUAUUUGACCGACCUCGCCGAAGCCAACGAGGUGCCUGCCUUCUCCGACGUAUCGGAGCUGCUAGACGAAACGGGCGCCUUCCAGCCGUUCUUAGUUCGAAGCAGCUUUGAGCUUUUCAACUGCAUGACGUGGUUUUCGCGUGAGGAGACCGACGACAAGAUCACCCCUGAGGAAGGCGACGCGAUGCUGGAGGAGGAGAUGACUACGGUGGAGAGUCUCUUCAGCGACAGCUUCCUGGGGCGCAGCCACUUCGACGAUGGCGACACCGAAGACCGCGAGGUCUACUUCUGCUUCCGCACCGCCGCGGACAAGCAAGUCCUAAUUGUCCUCCGCUUCCCUGACUUCUACCCGGCAGAGACGCCCUCCGUCCACAUUCAACCGCUGCGCUCUGGCACGACGGACGCGGCGCCGAGUCUGGUGGUCGCGCCCUCGUGCACCAAGGACAUCUCCGCCAGCAACCGGCGGGCCAUCAUGGACGCGGCGGUGAACGCCAUCAACGGCUUCGUGGGCACUGGCUGCCUCCUGGCCCUCGUCUCCGCCAUUCACGGCGCUGUCACCUCUCAGGAGGAAUCGCAGCCGGCCUCCCCGACGCCGCAGCAGGACCGCGCAGCAAUUCUGAAGGAGCGGGCAGAGGCACAGCAGCAGCGCAAGGCCUUCAUGAGUGCGCUGACGGGCAAACACGACGGCAGCAAGAACGACGCCGAUGACAACGAGGAACAAGACCGCUUCAUUCAGGUGUCGAUGCCGGAGAAGGUGGAGCUGGCUACCGUCGACGCGGCCAGCAUCAUCCGCGACACACAGCGCCGGGAGUUUCUGCUGAAGGAUGCUGCGCUCGACGCCACCCUGAAGGCGUCGUGGCAGAAGCUUCGGAAGGAGGGGACGCUGCGCAAGUCGCGCGACUCGUUGCCGGCGCACAACGUUCGUGAGACGCUGCGCAGCGCGUUGAAGCAGCACAAUGUCGUUGUCAUUGGCGGUGAGACGGGCAGCGGCAAGACGACGCAGAUCCCGCAGUUCCUGUACGAGUUCAUGUGCGAGGAGGGCAACGGCAGUGCGGCGAAUAUUCUGUGCACGCAGCCGCGGCGUCUCGCCGCCACCUCCGUCGCGCUGCGCGUGGCCGAGGAGCGCGACGAGGCGGUGGGCGGCACGGUCGGCUACAGCAUCCGCCUCGAGAACUGCGUGUCGAAGAAGACGCAGAUCACAUACCUCACCACCGGCAUCGUGCUGCGGCGGCUGCAGACGGACAAGUUUCUUGGUCGUGUGAGCCACGUUGUGGUGGACGAGAUCCACGAGCGUGGCGUCGACACGGACUUCUUGCUGAUUCUCCUGCGUGAUUUGGUGCGGCGCAGGACGGAUUUGAAGGUGGUGCUGAUGAGCGCCACGAUGGACUCCGAGCUCUUCGCCCGCUACUUCGACGGUGCCCCGGUCAUCUCCAUCGCCGGCCGCACCUUUCCGGUGAGGGUGAUGCACCUGGAGCAGAUCAUUCCAGAGGUGCAGUACACCCUCGAGGACGCCUCGCCGUACGAGAAGAUCAGCGGGGACAAGGAGACGCGUCGCCGCAACACGCGCAAGAAUGUGCUGAACCUCGACCUGGAGGACGUCGAGGAGGACACGGAGCGGGAGAGGGAGCAGCAGAAGCUGGCCCGCGUGGUGAAGGCGUCGCCCAAGACGCUCGACAUUCUUGCCCGCAUGAACUUCGAUGUCAUCAACUACGAGCUUAUAGAGUACAUCGUGGAGUACAUCGACAACGCCCUCCGCAUUCCUGGCGCUGUGCUGGUGUUCCUGCCCGGCAUGGCGGAGAUACAGCGGUGCAUGGAGCAGCUGUCCUACAAUCCCCGUCUCGCCAAGGCGUGUCUCUUUUACAACCUUCACAGCUCGUUGGGUUCAUCAGAGCAGCAGGGGGUGUUCCGCAAGCCGCCGCCCGGCAAGCGCAAGGUUAUUCUGGGCACCAACAUCAUGGAGACCUCCAUCACCAUUGACGACGCCGUGUUCGUGAUUGAUACCGGCAAGGCGAAGGAGAACCGCUACAACGCUCGCAAGAGCCUCUCGGAGUUGGUCACGGUGAACAUCUCCAAGGCGAACUGUCGCCAGCGACAAGGUCGCGCCGGUCGUGUGCAGGAGGGCUUCUGCUUCCGCCUCUUCACGGGGGCCCAGUUCGACGCCUUCGAGGACCACCAGCUCUGCGAGAUGCACCGGGUGCCGCUGGAGAGUCUCAUCUUGCAGAUUUACGCUCUCCACCUCGGCGACGAGGUCGAGUAUCUGCAGAAGGCCCUCUCCCCACCGGAGGAGCGCGCCAUCCACAGCAGCGUCAAGGUGCUCACGACGCUCGGGGCGUUGACGGCCGAGAAGCGUCUCACCUCUCUGGGGCAGCACCUCGCGAAUCUACCGCUGGAUGUGCGGGUGGGCAAGAUGAUCAUCCACGGUGCACUGCUGCAGUGCAUCGACCCGGUUCUGACCAUGGCCGCCUGCCUCGCCUCCCGCUCUCCCUUCAUCGCCUCCAUCGACUUCCGCACCGAGGUGGAGAACAUGCGCCGCGCCUUCGCCGGGGAGACGCUGUCCGAUCAACUCGCGUCGUGGUUCGCGUACAACAAGUGGGCCACGGCGGUGCAGCAUCAAGGCGCCGGCGCCGCGCGGAAGAUCUGCCAGGAGUGCUACCUGUCUCCCGCGGCCCUGCAGCAGAUCCAGUCCACGAAGCGGCAGUACGAGCGCUACCUCGUCGAGGCGGGCUUCAUCGACAACGCCAACCGCAGCCGCGUCUCGCCGAACAAGUUUGUUUUCCCGCCCUUCACGACGAUGGACGAUCGCGUGUUUGAGGCGGGCGGGCCGCUCUUCAACGACAACUCGAGCAGCAGCCGUUGCAUCCUGGCAUGCCUCGUGGCGGGGCUGUACCCGAACGUGGCCCGGCUGCGGGUGCGGCGCGGACCGAAGGGCGGUGGUGGUGGUGGUGGGCCGGGCCACAGCUUCGGCGGUCGUCCUGCCGUGAAGUUCAGCACCUUCGACGGCUCAGAAUGCCUCAUCCACCCAUCCAGCGUGGCAGGGAAGGAGACGUCGUUCAGCUCCCCGCUUGUCGUCUACGUGGACAAGGUCAAGACGUCCGCCACCUUCUUGCGCGAGGUCUCCGUGGUGGCCCCCCUCCACGUCAUUCUUUUUGGCAGCGGCAACUUGGAAUAUUUGCCGAAAUACGAGGAGCUGUGCGUCGAUGAAAUGACAGCCUUCAAGUGCAGACAGGACGACGCAACGCUCCUGACGCACCUCAAGACACAGCUGGACUCUGCGCUGACACAGAAGAUCAACGACCCGUCCAAGUCGUGGGAGUCGAUCAGCAGCGUCGUCGUGCGCGCGAUUGUGAAACUGUUGAAGGAAGACGGCGGCCGUGCCGGGGCUCUUACCAUCGUCGACCGCCGGCAGCCACGCGCGCCGUUGACGGAGCCGCUCGUACCCGACGCCCCCGCAGCCGUCGCGGCUCAGCCGACCGUCCCGGACGACCAGCCUUUCAAGACCAACAAAUCGUGUUUCCUGUGCGGCGAGACGGGACACGUCUCGCGGUAUUGUCCGCACAACAGCGCGCACAGCAAGGGCGGGCCGCCGGUUCGCUGCUUCAUUUGUGGUCAGUGGCAUUUCCCUCAGGACUGCACGCUCGUGAAGCCGCUCAAGCGGUAG